CAGUCCGUGAUCCUGAGAGAGACAUGACAGCUAUCCUCUCCCACGGCCAUGAAGGCCUUCGCUGCCGUCGUCUGCGUACCCUGACCUAUUUCUAUUCUGUUGUCGACAGGACACCUUCCGACCUCAGAUAUGCCACUGUUGUCAACCGUCUGGCAACAGUGCAAGACCCCGCAAGGGUCGCUCGAUCGUUUUGCUCCACCUUGACAUCGCCUGGAACGCGGUUUUACGAAGAUUGCCAAAGGCUACAAGUUGAGGAAAUACAGCGGUCUGUAUUUCUCCUCGUGGGACAUCUCUCGCUAUCAUGGCUCCCCCGGUCGAGCAAUCGACACCGCUGGCGGCCUCGGUCACCGCCAGUACGGGGCAAAACAGCAAAGUAACCCCGUCGUCAGUGAGCGACAAAGAAACGAGAGCGGCGUCAUCUACUCGCGGUCCAAGCAUUGACUCUCCUCGACAUGAGCACUGGAGAUUUGUCUUUACGGAUCCAGUCGCAUUCCGAUACUUGGAGGAGGACCCAUUGACAGUCGUACUGCAUCGGCGGACCACGCUCCAAGGCUAUGAGAUCUAUCUGGUAGAACAAUGGGCUUGUUCCAGGGUUCAUCCAACCUUCAUAAUCACAACCUACACGGGAGAUCCGUCUCAUACUGUCGUGGUUGGUGUGCUGAGUGUCCCGACAGACGAGAGUACUUGGUCUCCGCGGUUGAAGCUCUACUUCCAGGCGGUGACACAAUACCACGCUCGGAAGAAUGACACGCCGUUGGGCACGCUGAUGGUGACCAAUCUGAGUGCAUUUCCAUCUGUUCUGACUGUUAUUCCUGUUCCAGACGGCGAUGUUAAGAAACACAGGGAUGACUUCAUUGUCAAUGAAGACCUAAAAAGACUCGGUUGUUCAGGUCGGGCAGGAUUGAAACUGCAACCUCCUUCUCCAGCCACAGAAGCAAAGUUUCACCAGCUUUACCGGACAAGCGAACGGGUGCCAAUAUACAGUGCGGUCAUAGAACUCGUGAAGCAAUGCCAACUGGCUCUGAUGAUCUUCGACAAACUGGCUGCAGAAUAUGUGGACGGAUUGCUGUGCGAUGUGACGGAACGAGCGAUAAACGACUGGUGGACGGAUAUUGGGACAGAUCUUUACAAUAUCGAACCCAGUGACGGGAUCCUGGGACCCACGACAGUUGCUGCCCUGUUGGGGACCUUGAUGGGCGCUCGAAACAGACUGCAUGCAUUCGGUGCUCCAGUGGGCAAGGAUGCGUUUGACAUACCAAGUCUCAAAAGAGGGAUCGGGAGUUUCCAAAAGUCUCAGAAACUGAACCGCACAAGACGGCUAGAUAGACAGACGCUAGAUAAGCUUCAUCGCGUGACUGCCAAAGCGGCCAGCUCAGAGGGCUGGACCGAUGCAGUGAAGUCUACCGUUGCGGAACUCAGUGGGAAAGGAGGCGAGAUGGUGAUGGGCAUGGUAGGUGGAAAGGACAAGGCCGGCAUAGCUGACAUUGAAACGCUUGACUUGGAUCGCUUUGCGCAACUUGUCAACGGACAAAGAGCCAAAUGGCUAUGGCGUGGUAAACGCUCGAAGACCGGUGCGUUCGGAAAUGAUCCAACAACAGGGGAGAUGGUUUUUACUAGAGACGAUCAGGGUGGCUAUCUUUGGACAAGUCGCAGGCGACAUUCAAACGAAGACCUAGCCCCUGGACGUCCGACUCCCGAGGUAGAGCGUCCAAGCAAGCCACAGGAGGUAGCUGAAAUGACGGAGGAUAGAGAUCAACAACCGACUAGGGGUGUCCUUAGGGGUGUCAGUGGAAAAGUAUCCGAUGCUCGAAUAGGCUUCGGCAGAUUCAAAGAAGCAGUUGGCCUGCCAGGACUUCGCUCACAUCACCAUCACAAACACACCAAAGAGGGCGUCGAUCUGGAAAGUGACCUCUCUUACACUCCUACUUUUGACAGUGAUACAGAAGGCCCAACCACUAAAGAGAGCCAUAAGCUGGCAAACCAGCUUGGGCAACAGCUCAGCCCUCGUCAACAAGAACAGAAUGGCACCGUCGAAAAACAAGCCAGGCCACCAGAUAUCACUGUUUCCUCUGAGACCGGACCCCCAGAAAUCGCUGUUCAACCUAUGACCCCUGUCCAGGAAUCGGUGCCACCAGACGAUGAACGAGGAGAUAAGCAAGAACUACUCUUCCCACCGGACGAGAACGACGAUGACCGACUUGAACUCAUCAAGUCAUACUCCACCGAAGGUCCUUCAGACAGAGAACAGCUGGCUGGCCUGAGUGCCCGAAUUCUCAGACGCUCGCAGAGCUUUUCGGCACCCCUGCAGGAGAGAGACAGUAGCAAGGACUCUCGUUGGCCGCGCCACUUGUCAUUCAGUACUGUCGAGGAGAUCGUGCUCGUCUGGGAAGGAGUUCGGGGCAGUAGGACCAUGAAAAGGAAAUCCGACGCUGGUCUGGAGGGUGCAAUCCUUCAAGAGGAAAUAUUGACCUCGGAUACGCAGAUUUUUGGGUCCAGGAUCCUCGAGCUGGGCCAAAGGACUCUUCCUUGGGUCGAAAAGCAGGUUGACGCUGUGGACAGUCUAAAUCAGAGGGCCAAUUCCCGUCAAGAGGAACUAGGCUCUAUCUACCUAGAGCUACUGCACCAAUACCAGAGCCUUCGAGAAGAGUCGGGGACUCUGCUGGCCAAGGAGAGCUCCGACAUUACAGAGGGCCUUAAGCAAGUCGAAAUGCUGGGAGCGAAGCUGGAUUAUGAGCUUAACGUCUUGGAGUCUAGAGUGGAAGACGUCGAGGCUGGGCUGGAAGAGUUCGAACGACACGUCAUAGAAAUUGAGACCAGGACAAAGGACUUGAUCCAGGGCGAGAAAGGGAGAACCAACUCCUGGUUUUCUUGGAUGCGCAGAACACUAGAGCAUAUAGUUUCAUGAUCCCCAUGCAUCCACAGAGGCUCUUUUCGAGAUGUCUCGCAAUGGUUCUGCAUUCCCAUAUACCCAGUAAUGUACAUAAAGCGAAUUUGCAUGUCCCCUGCGCCGCAUACCGCCCAACCGGCGGCCUGCCUCGUCUAGAUAGACACAAUCAAUAGCGAAAAAAAAAAGACAUCGGAUAUCCACAUUGUUUUGUUGCAGAA